AUGCCGCUCCCUAGAGACAUCACGGAGUUCCUACAAGGCUACCCCGACAUCUCAGACGAUCCCCGUCUCAACGCCAACCUCGAAUUCUACACAAACAAACAGCCCUGCAAACCAGACAAUCUCUUGAUCGACGACUUGCACGAACAAUGGAAGACGGAUUACGAAAAGCUUGAGUAUAAACAUGGAUACAUCCAAUGGCUGUUCCCUCUGCAAGAGUACGGGAUGAACUACAAGGCGCAGCCUUUGCAGAAGCACGAGCUUGCUGCCCUGAAGACGGAUCUCGUCGUCCGGGAACGGCUGCUGCGCUCCUACAGCACCAUGCUACACUUCUACGGCAUGCAGCUCGUCUCGCCUGAGACCGGGGAAAUUCGCCGAGCGGACAACUGGCAAGAGCGGUACCGCAACCUCACUCGUGCACCGCACAACAAUCUCCGUAUUUCUCGGAUUUUGAAGUGCCUGUCUGAAUUUGGCCUCGAGCGGCUCAAUGCUGGAUUUCUGCUUUUUGUGCUCGCUGAGCAGAGUGAAAACAGCCAAAUCAACACCGAGACGAUUCGGAGCAGCAUGGAUAGGUGGUGGGCGAACUGCUUGAGGGAUGAAGAGGAGAGGGCUUGGGUGAAUGAAAUGAUACGGAAAGUGAGGUCGGAGGACUUCAUCUUCACGGACGAAGCGUACCGAGAGGCAUUGCGCAGGCGUAGGGAGACGGGUUCCAUCAAGGCGGCGGCCGCAGCAGAUGUUUGA